UAAAGUAAUAUCCGCGACGUUCUGCGUUCAUUUCGCAACCGACGACGUAUAUAUAUAUUUUUUUCUUUCUUUUUAUUUACGGCGAGGAGCCGGUGACCCGCUCGACACGGAAUGUGAAUAAACUUAAGAGGAAUCGGAACGUCCCGCUGACGGUAUAUACGACUUAUAAACUGUGAAUAUUUAUACAUACAUAUAAAUAUAAAUAUAUAUAUAUAUUAGCGAGCAUAAUCUCGUUUUAACGGAUGUUGAGGUACGAUUGUUGGUUUACGUUACUUCGUUUUUUCUUGUUUCUUUUGUUUUAAUCGACCCCACGCGGGUCCUCGUGGUCUUUCGCGUUAAGUUUUUGAGGUGUUCUGCGUUAUUUCUCGAGCCCUUGGAAGGACGCACAAAAUUAUAUCGAAUUAUAAUCGGACCUGUCGACACGACGCGAUCGUUGCCGCGAAUGUUCUCCUCUAUGCCGAUGCCUUAUGAGCACUUAGUCUCCGGUGUCUUUCUUUUCUUUUUUUUUUUAAUUUUAUCUCGCUGCCCCUUCUCGUUUUCGUUCGCCGCAAACGGGUCGUUUGCGUUUUAAUGACUGCCAUAUGUGUACGUAUAUUUUAAGAGCCGCGCUAACUUGGGACCACGUACUAUAAAGUAUACAAAUAGCUUCUAACGAAUGUUAAAGGUACUUCGCCGUAUGAGAGGAGGAAUCACCAUUGAGGGGAUAUUGAAUGCUGUAAUAAUUAAUGAGAGUUUCUUCCUACGCGAUCCCGAGAGUUAAAAAGAGAGACGUACACGUGACGCUAUUUGAUUCCGUAGGAGUCUGCGAAGGCCAGGUCCCUGUCGGGUGAGAUUGGAUCGGUGACAGGACUUUGGAAGCUGCGAUGGCUUCGAUGGUCCUUCGACUCACUCGAUGUGGACCCAGCUGAUAUGAUGUAGCGAAGGAGCUAUAUUAAUUUUCAAUUGUUAUUCCGUUUCCCUUUUAAUAUUUAUCACGUCCAUCCUCCUUUUUAGAACUUAAGAUCCAAUCUCGAGAUUCGGAAGGAGAGUCUUUGUAAACUUUACUGGGCAGUUUUAAGGCUAUGAUGCUUUCUUGAGAGUUUCUCUUGAUUUAUACCGCGAGCGGACGCGACUCAGCCGUAGACAUAACCUUGUUCGUAUUUUUUAAACAGUGACUACUUCUACGUGUUUCCUGUCUAAGUUUCCGGUCAACGUAAUACGAGGGAGAAGAGGUUAGAAUGGUCAUAGCGAUGUUCACGCGCAAUCGUCUUCUACGUGCAUUUAAUGUGUAUACAUCGUGUGGCGUAGGGAAAAAAAAGAUGCAUUAAUUCCUACACUCCGCGUUAGGUCCGCUUGUUUUAAAAACUAGAGUCGCAUCGCCAAAACGAGACACAAACUGAUAUAUCGUCGCUCUGUGUUUUUUUUAUAAAUAUAUAUAAAGUAAUAAAGAAGAUAAAUAGGUUAUAAGGAAUAAAAAUGAUUGAUAAUUACAGAUAAUAUAUAAUUAUAAAGUAACAGUUGGCUCUUUUCGCUUUAAAUCGGCCCUUCUUGGAAACCUGUAAUCCGAUGUAAGAUGAGGUUAUCAACGAUGCGUGAGUGUUGCAUGAUCGAUUGUGCUUUCUCUGGUUUCGUAAACAUUGUUACGAGCUGCUUUUCAUAUUUAAAAGGAACGAUUUAAACUUAAUUGCAGGUUUAUUUCUAGUUGUUUGGGACGAGAGAGUUGGAUUCGCUUAUGGGGCCGCUUUAACAAGAAAAAAGCUACUCAGCCAAGUUUCGCUCACUAUUACAUUAUAACGCCAUUAACUUUAUAAUAGAAAGUCUCCCUUGUCGAUGCAUUUCAAAAAUGAACCCUUACUCUAGCUUGGUAUUCUGUCAAAGGUUCAUUGUAUCACGUCGGAAAAAAUGCAUGCCGUUUAAUGUACCUUGGUUUCUGUCAUCCGACACGUUCAUUACAUUUCGAUUGAAAUAAUCCAACUAUUUAUAAUAAUCGCAUCACCGUCUUGAUUUGUUUUCAGUUUUUCAUUAACAGCACUUUGAUCCACAUGUUCAGGGUCAGAAAUGAAAAAUCAAAACUUACGACGGUAGUUACGAUAAUCGUAAAUCCUCCUUUGUAACAUUUUUAUAUGAAAUCGAAAGCCUUUUAGGUAUUUGCUCUUCUCUUAUCUCUAUUAGAUUUUGAAAAUAACAUAGUUGGAAACCUACACUGUUGAAUCUUCAAAUUUAAAAGUAAUCUUAUUACUGCAAUUCCAUGCAAUUGCAUCUUUGUUAGAUUCUAGAGCAAGAGUAAGUUUGGUUAAAUUGCUUGGAUAAGAUUAUAAAUAAUUGCAGAUGUACAGAAUUAUUCAAUGCUUGGCAUAUAACUAAAAUUUAAUUAAUACGAUUAUUUGCCGUUGGCUUUUUAAAGUAAUGACAAUUUUGCCUUCUAGAAAUGAGUUACACUUGUGUCUUAUUAUCAAUGAAGUUUCCUCUUAUUUGGCUGAGAAGCAUUUUAAAUCGCUAACAAGAGUUAGGUUCUUCAAAAUAUUUUUGCUGAUUAUUCUCUUUGUAAAAGUAAUAAUUGUCUAAAGAGUCAUAUCCGACGCUUCAGAAAUUAUACUAUGUGUGACAAUUUGAAGGAAAAGACAAAUGGUAAGUUUACCAUUUUUAAAAUGGUAAGUCUUGAGAUUUGAUGGAAAUGAUCUUAUAUUCCAAAGCAGUCCGUUUGAAACGGAGUGAAGAGGAAACAAAUUAGCUGUGACAUUCUAGAUAAUGAUUAAUUGAUCGUUAGAUUGCGAUGUUACGAUCGCUGGUUGCAUAUUGUAUCCACUUAAAAUUUAAAUGAAGCAUAAAUUUGAACACAACCAAUUUUGCAAUGACAUUUCAGUCUGUACGAAGGAGAAAAGGAAAGUGUUUUAAAUGUAUGCUUCAUGAAAAUUUUAAGUUGAAACACAUUGUCGCUGACUUAAGGAAUUUAGGAGCAAUGCCGAAUAUUAAUCAGUUGUUACUCUUUAUGGAAUCGUAUUUAUAAGAUUAUACGUAUUCUUUGCAAUAAUUACGUACAACAUUGUGUGGCAUUAAAGAAGUACGUCCAGCGAUUUCUUUAUUUGUCAAUUAAUGCAAAUGCAAAUUCCAGUACAUGUAAUUUAUGCCGAAAGAGGCAACUCGUUUAGGAACUGAAUUUUGUAAAGAGUAACAACUGCUGCGUCAUAUACCGUGAACUGUAAGUAUAAGUAGAGGAGUAAUCAGUGGAUAAAGUAUUGUGGAAGCUUGUAAUAAAUCAUUGUUGAAAAAUAGAAAACUGCCCUUUAAACGCUAAAAUCGUUCCAACAUUGAGAAAUGUAGUACAUUUUAGAUACGUUUCCAGCACGUUAUCUCGAGUCACGAGGGGACUGUAGGCUUAAAUGAGACCCACACUAAAGCACUGGCUGUUAACACAUCAGGAAAUGAAACCCAUUAUCUAAUAGACUUUUAUUAUUACAUCUGGGGGUCUUCAUUAAAACCGGUUACUCAUUCCCUUGAGGAGGGCUUUGCCACAAUCCGUGCCUAAUCUGUGUUCUACCAAUAUACAAUCUGUGUUGCAUCGAUAUUUACCAAGAAUGCAUUAAUUUUCAGUAACUAAAAUAUUCAACCUACGACGAGAUAAAUAUUUUUUCCUGCUAAAUUGAGCCAUAUCAUCUAUAUUUAUCUCGAUCGUAAUUAAUGCUUUCAUCUACGUGUACUUGAUACUCUCAAAAAUUGCUUGUCAUUUAAAUUAUACCUCUAGCAGUCAGGUAUAUAUAUCUUCACGUCGAUAAUAUAAAUACUUCUUUGUUCAUUGUUCUUUGUUAUGACUCUACGACCAGGAUUAGUGAACUUAACCAAGGUUGGUUCCUUGUAUCCGUGAACGGCCCUCCGAAAGAGCAUACGACGUCUCGUACCAUCUCUCUCUACUCACCAUAAGAAACGUAUGAAUGCGAGAGAGAGAGCGUGGCUACGCGUCGAUCCCCGGUGUGACUGGUGGGGGUAAAGCAAGAUGGCCGCCGUGACAACCUCACUCGGUUGGAGGAACUUUAGAACGCGCUCGUUACGUUUUCCUCUCAUUUUUUCUACCUUGCCCAAGUGUUCCUUUAGAGAGGGGCAAUAUUUAGUUCGAUCGCGUUUCACAUAUCGUUAACGAAGAGUGUAGCGGACGGAAUCCUUCGAAUUUCUUUGCGUUAGCGCGGCGUAAGAGUUAGUCCACAAUCCUACGGCGCAUGCGUAGCGGCGUCGAUCCGGCCACUUGUUCUCGGCGCCCUAGUCGCGCGUCUUGUUUGUUUUACAUAUACGUCCGCUCUCGGGGGAAAAAAAACUUAGUCUGUGCAAGAUGGCCGCUCGGGCGAUGUCGGCCUUUUACCAUUUCCUGCUUAUUUUACAAUUGUUCCUGCUGAUUAAUUAUAAUUAUGGCGAGAAGAUUGGUGACAGGGCAAGGACGCUACACUUGUCACCCGACGAGGAUGAUUUGCGCGUCAGGAGGCCCUUGAUCAUCAAUAGAGGCGACGAUUUGGCCAGCGGAGAUGAAACGUCAUUCAGUCGAAUGCGCAGGGACGUGCCUGAGCACAAUAACCCAAAUAUUACGACCAAGAUCAAUGCUUUAAAUGAUUCCCAUCAACAGCUAAUGGUACAUUGGGUUGGCGAGGGGUCGGAUGUGAUAAUUUGUCUGGCAAAGGACAGCACGUUACUGACACGCUUAUCAGGCAAUAGAGCAGUAUCCAGUAGCCCUAGUGCUGUGUAUAUAAGCUACAAUUAUGGUGAUACGUUCGAAAACAAGACUAAAUUCUUUAAGAUAUCCCGUGAGCCAAAUGCCAAAUACGCAUCCGUGGAUAAGUUCUACAAUCAUCCAAAGUUUACAACUGAUUGUGUCUUUGCCGAUAAUAUUAAUCAAUUGAUUUUCGUUACCAUGGACAAUGGAAAAAAUAUCAUAAGGCAUAAUUUGCAAUUCCAUCCGAGUGAAAUUUCAUUCCACGAUGAAGAUCGUUUCACUAUCGUGGUGUUGGAUAAGACUGAUCCCAUGCGAAAGCUAUGGUAUACAGAGAAUAUGGGAACAACCUGGGUUUUUCUCCAAGAAUAUGUAAAAGCCUUCUCCUGGAUCGCGACCCAUCCUAGAGCUUUGCUUGUGGAGAGAGCGGAGCCUACCCACUAUACGACAGUGUUAAAAAUGGGAUUGACAUCGUUCAAGAGAAAUUUCACAGUAGUCAUCAGGAACGUAGAGGAUUUUCAAGUUAGGGGUGAUUACAUGUUCGGAACGAGAAAAGCUGACUCGCAAGACACUGCGCAGCCUCAGAGAAACUUGGACCUCUACAUCUCGUACAAGAGGCAGCCUUUCGUGAAGGCGAGGUUUAACACGGAAUUGGACAAGAGGGACUUCCAUAUCGUCGACGUAUCUUACAAUCGCAUCUUCGUCGCGGUAUCUCAUAGCGAGACCGUGGUCAACCUGUACGUGUCGGAAGUGAUAGAUAACCAGACAGCGACGUUCACGUUGUCCUUGGAGAGGAUCCUCACGUACUUCCCGAACAGUACUUGGAAGGACAGCUGGUUAAGCGACGUUGCCGAAGAGCCCUUCACGGACCUCUACAAGGUGGAGGGUCUGCGAGGGAUUUACAUCGCCUCGCACGUCAAGGAGACCCCGAAGUCGGGCUCCAUCGGACCCGAGCACUUGGUAUCGCUAAUAACAUACGACCAUGGGGCUACCUGGAAUCGUAUCAAGCACCCAGAAAAGACCAGCGAAGGGUUUCCUAUUGCAUGCUCGGGUGACUGUUCGCUGCAUCUGACUCAGAAGUUUAGCCAGCUGUAUCCGGUGACGAGAUCGGUCUCGAUAAUGAGCUCGAAAUCGGCGCCGGGUAUUAUAAUGGCGACCGGGGUGAUCGGGAGGAGCCUGAAGGGCCACCCUGCACUCUACGUGUCCAGGGAUGCUGGUUUAACUUGGAAGCAGGUCCUCAAGGACUACUACUUCUUCAACAUGGGCGACCACGGAGGCGUCCUGGUGGCCGUCAAGUACUUCAAAUCCCGCGGCGAGACCAGGGACAUCUCCUACUCCGUCGACGAGGGCGAGACCUGGCAGACUUACGUCUUCAACGAGAAGAUGCUGAAGGUCUAUGGUCUCAUGACGGAGCCUGGAGAGAACACCACCGUGUUCACCAUGUUCGGCUCUGGCAGUGGACAACAUCAGUGGCUGAUCAUGAAGGUCGACCUGAGGAACGUUUUCGAGAGGAACUGCACCGAGGAGGACUUCAAGUUCUGGUCCCCGACCGGCUCUGACGCGGAUCAGCCCGUCGUCGCUUGCGUCCUGGGGAGAAAGGAGACUUAUCAGAGAAGAGCUGCUCGCGCGAAAUGUUACACUGGAGCUAACUACGACCGGCCGAUCAAGGUCGACAUUUGUCAAUGCGACGCUAAUGACUAUCAAUGCGACUUCGGGUUCGUCCGCGUCGGUAACCCUUAUCACUGCGUCCGCAACAAGUCGAUCUCCGACGUCGACCCGUACGCCGUUCCCAGCACAUGCGCCCCGGGGAAAUUCUACAACCGGACGAAGGGAUACGUCAAAAUACCCGACGACGACUGCUCCGGCGGAUUUGCGAAGAACUUCGAACCUGACGAGAUACCCUGCCCCAUGGAGGAGAUUCCGGAGUUUCUGCUGGUCGCCCAGCGCGACCAGAUCUCGAGGAUUGACCUGAACAAGCAACAGCUGGAGACGCUACCGGUCCACGGGCUGAAGAACGUCAUAGCUAUAGAGUUCGACUUGAAGAACAACUGUUUGUACUGGGCGGACAUCGUGAAUGACACGAUUGGACGGCAAUGUCUUCAGGACGGUACUAGGUAUCCGGAGAUCCUCGUCGAGACGGACCUCAGCUCGAUCGAGGGGAUGGCUCUGGACUGGGUAUCCAACGUCCUCUAUUUCGUCGACGGCGUUAAAAUGAAGAUCGAGAUCAUCAGGACGGACAUUUCGUCGAUGGGGAGGAUGCGAAGGACCAUUCUGAGCUCCCACCAUGGGCUGAAGAAGCCACGGGGUAUCGCGGUUCACCCGAUGAUGGGCUACAUGUUCUGGACCGACUGGGCUCCUGGGAGUCCGUCCGUCUCUCGCGCCAACCUGGACGGGACGGACAUCAAGAGGCUCUUUACGACGCCCACCGUGGAGUGGCCCAAUGGUAUCACGAUCGACCACAUCGCCGAGAGGAUCUACUGGGUGGACGCCAGAGGAGACUACAUCGGCUUGUCCGACUUCGACGGAAAGGGCUUCAAGAAGAUCAUCUCCGAGGACGAGCGCGUUUCGCACCCCUUUGCCGUGGCCGUCUUCAAGGACAACAUGUAUUGGGACGACUGGAAGCAGUCGAUGAUCUUCGAGGCCGACAAGGACCACGGGUUCGGGAUCGCGAAGAUCCUCGGCCACCUCCCGGGUUUGAUGGACCUGAAAGUCUUCGCCCACAGCGUGCAGACCGGGACGAAUAUGUGCGCCAAUAAUACUUGCUCUCAUAUCUGCCUCGGCGCGCCCAACAACAGUUUCGUCUGCCUCUGUCCCGAGGGAAUGGAGAUGGUCAACGACCGGUGCAUGUGUCCCGGGAUGACGCCACCUUACGCAAACGCGACCUGCCCCAGGGUGGCCAGCACCUGCUCGGCCGACCAGUUCGCCUGCGCCAACAACGUCUGCAUACCCCAGACCUGGAAGUGCGACGAGCAGAACGACUGCGGCGACAACUCCGACGAGGUUAAUUGCAACCGGCUCUCCUGUCCCCCGGACCAGUUCGAGUGCGACUCCAAGUGCAUCCCGAAGCACUGGGUCUGCGACGGGGACAGGGACUGCAAGGACGGCAGGGACGAGACCAACUGCACCUACAUUAACUGCACGGAGUUCAGGUGCGACGACGGUAGGUGCCUCGUCAGCAGGUGGCGUUGCGACGGCGAGAUAGAUUGCAGGGACGGCUCCGACGAGAUCUACUGCACAGUUCCUGGUCCUCGUAACUGUUCCGCGGAGGAGUUCUCCUGCAAGCAGCAGGUAAAAUGCAUCGACCAGGCCUGGGUAUGCGAUGGGAACGACGACUGCGAGGAUGGCUCCGACGAGACCGACUGUCAGUCCCGCACUUGCCAGCAGUGGCAGUUCACCUGCGACAACCACAAGUGCAUCCCUCUGACCUGGAGAUGCGACGGCGCCGAGGACUGCGCCGAUGGCUCGGACGAGGCCAACUGCACCACCGUCACCCCUCUGACCCCGAGGCCCACGGUCCCCCUGGUCUCCUGCAACGACUGGAUGUUCAAGUGUAGCAACAAGAAGUGCGUCCCCUACUGGUGGAAGUGCGACAGCGUGGAUGACUGCGGCGACAACUCCGACGAGAUGGGCUGCGGAAAUCUGGAGGACACCACCGACCUGCCCAACAUGACCGAGCAGCCCAGGGUAUGCCGGGAACACCAGUUCCAGUGCUACAACGGCGAGUGCAUCGAGGAGUCCUGGGUAUGCGACGGCUCCAGGGACUGCCAGUCAGGGGAGGACGAGCUCCACUGCGACGGAAUCCACAUGGGCUGCCGAGAGGACCAGUUCAUGUGCCGUACCGAUGGCUCUUGCGUUCCUCUGACCAACAUCUGCAACGGAGUCGCCGAGUGCCCCGACAGCAGCGACGAGCUCGGGUGCCACGUGCACCAGGUCAGCCCGGCGGUCACUCCUUCCUGUUCCGUGGGGCUCUUCCCCUGUGACGAGACCCGGUGUUUCCCUCUGGCCGCUUUCUGCGACGGCAAGCGGGACUGCGUCGACGAGACCGACGAGAGCCACUGCGACAAGAUCAACUCCAGGGUGUACCAGGUCCUUGUGAUGGGCGUCGACGAGAGGUCCAUCAACGCCACCAGCUUGUUCCUCUUCUGGUGGAUGCCGAUCCCCACGAACGUUACCUUCGAGUUCCUCCCAUCCAUCGCCAAGGCCGAGCCCGAGGCCACCUGGAAGAACGCCACGGACUGGAUCGAGGACACCGAGUAUCAGUUCAACGACCUAGAGGCCUACACCCGGUACAACCUGACCGUCUACGUUAGGCUGAAGAAUCAGACCACCGUAUUCCCGCCCGCGAAGUACCUCACGGUCAUGACGGGAGAAGGCGUGCCCUCGGAGCCCUGGAACGUCACCGUCACCCAGAAGAACGGCACUAGGGUAGAGGUCUCCUGGAGGCCUCCUCUGCAUCCUAACGGUCCCAUCACCGGCUACGAAGGGUUCAUUACGCCCCCGAUACCUCCGAUGCAGUUCUCCCUGCAGAAGACCUCGGUCGUCAUAGACAUCGCCUUCGAGGCCGGGAAGAACUACUCCUUCUGGGUCAUCGCCAAGAACAGGGAGAGCGAGUCAAAGCCCUCCAACAUCGCCACCUUGACGUUCGACGGAUCCGCCAAUAUCGACGACAUAGAGGAUCUCAGGGUCGUGGAGACGACCAAUAACUCGGUCACCCUGGCCUGGAAGAAGGUGAAGGACGCCACCGGGUACAACGUCACCCCCAGGGGCCCCGCUCCUUACCCCACCCUCAGAACCCUGGUCACCACGGAGAACACUCUCGUCGUCAACGAACUCGCACCCGGGAUCAAUUAUACAUUCGAGGUGAACGCCUCUAAGAAGAACUACUUCGGCAAGGGCGUCAUGGUUGUCGGGGCGACGAAAGGCGUCCCGCUGCCCUCGGUCGUCAACCUGGAGGCCUACCUGGUGAAGAGCCAUGGAACCAGCGUCAAGCUCACCUGGGACCCCCCCAAGAGCAACAGAAAGAUCAAGUGGCAGUACGCCAUCCACUACGCCCUGAACAUGCAGGACCUCUUCAGGGAGCCCCACCUCUUCACGACGAACAAGACCACGACCGUCCGCGAUUUGGAGGCCUGCGAGUCCUACGUCUUCGCCGUUGGCAUCAGGGGAUCCUACGGAGCCGGUCCUCUGAGUCAACCCGUCACCGUCACUACCCAUUUCAACGCCAGGGCGCCGCCGAAGAGACUCAGGGUCUCGCCGACCGACAAGUCCGAAAGCAUCAUCGUCUCUUGGAGCUCCAGCUGCCCCACCAUCGACGAGCCUAUCAGCUACACCAUCUCCAUCACCGAGAUGACCCUCAAUAUCCAGAAGACCGUCACUCUGCCCCCGACCAACGAGACCACCAUGAAGUACAAGUUCACCUCGGUCCAGUAUGGCGGGAAAUAUAAUAUCACCAUCUCCACCGACGUCGAUUACGCCAUCCCGAGCAAACCCGCCAUCUACCUGGCGCCGCCCAUCUUGCCGCCUCAUCAACUCAACGUCCUUCACGAGGAGGGCAACUAUAUCCUCUACUGGCAGGAACGGGGCUUACCCGACAGCAUCGCCAAGAACACCAAGUACCAUUACGAGAUCCUCGUCAACGAGGACUCCAGGAGCAUCAACGAGUCCACCGCCAUGAUCUUCAAGGAGGACCAACCCCCGUAUAUAUUCCCCAACGCCAAGACCGACGUCAUCUACUCCUUCGCUGUCCGCCUCGUCACCGAGAAGGGGUACAAGAGCUUGCUCAGCGAGGUCGUCAGCAUCGAGAGUCCUUCCGAAACAGCCUGGCAGGCCGCCUUGAACACGUCCAACAUCCUGUCUUUCGCCAUCCCGGUGUGUCUGCUCAUCGUGGCUCUGGGUGCCGUCCUCGGCUACUACGUCAUCAAGCACAGAAGGCUGUCGAACAGCUUCACGCAGUUCGCCAACAGUCAUUACGACACGAGGAGAGGUCAGGCCACGUUCCCGGGCACCGCCGAUGGCCUAGACGAGGAAGACAGCCCCGUGAUACGUGGAUUCUCGGACGACGAGCCACUGGUAAUAGCGUAAAAGUCUACAGUCCGUAUACGUCUAUACGUAAUUUACACCCUAGGCGUACGCAACCACCUACUAUUAAAGAUUAAUCUUGGCCGUAGAUAGAAUUUUACCAUCGGAAUCAGGCUAAGAGAUUUCGUGUAAGUCGCUCGACGCGAGUCCAAGAUCGCUCACGUUCUCCGCUAGUCCUAGCUCGUCCGAUCUUACGUUAGGGAAUGACCGCGGGCGCUUACAUAGAAACCUUUUAUAAUGGAAACAAAAACACUAUUAAUUGAUAAACUAUGUUACUGUAAGAGGUAUAGCAUACACGAUCUAUACAUAUAGUAUAACAUAGAUAUAUAUGAAUUGUAUAUGUCGACACACCGCGCCUCGCUGCGGCCCUUCUUCGAGGCGUAGGGGGAGCGCCGGUGCGUUUUAAAUUCAAGUUUAUAGAAAAUCGACAUGCCUUAACGAUUGAUCAUGUUUGUCCGACGUGUAACGAGGAUGCGGCGAGCGCUGCUCUGUUGUAUAUAGUGAACAAAAGGAAAGACUAAUGAGAUAUUGCUUUUCUAUGAACUAUCGGAUUUAAAGCCACGUCUUCAGGAUAUAUAUAUAUAUACAUGUGCGUACGGGGUCGACUUUUCGUCAAGUUUUACGAUUGCAUUCCUCCUUGUUUUUUUUUAAUUCUUUUAAUUCUUUCUCUCUUGUACUCUCGCGCGUCGACCUCUUCUUCUUCUUCUAUUUCGAUUUCGCGCGGUGGAAUUUUGUAUAAAGGGAGGAGGAAAUCACGGUCCAAAUCAAAAGUUAGCCAUUCGAGGGCGCGCAUGAUCUCGAUUCUGCUUUAACUUUUAUCUUAGUCGGUGUUGAUUGUUUUCUGAUUGUCUUCUAUUUUUUUUUUAAUUUUAAUCGCGAGAUCGGUUCGACGCUCUUCAGGGCGCUCAGAUUACUCUCACCUCUGUUUUAUUCUUCUGUCCCCGUCUAGUUGAGGAUCUGCGAUCGCGAGAUUCCGUUCUACUCGGGAAUGACCGAUAAGCUAUUUUUUUAGAGCCGACCCUUGAAGAGCUCCCUGAAGUCUCAAGACGGAGAAACGAGCGAAUUCUCGUCGGACCCCGAUCAGCUGAUUCGUUGCUGCUUGUAUACACUCUUUACUUUGUACAUUUCGUAACGCUUGGUGCGACUUUUAUAUAUAUACAUAUAUUACACAUGUAAAACGGCAUUUGGAGGAUAACAAAUGAAAGAUGAGAGAAAGAAUUAACGACUAACUAUCAACGGGGCACGUUUUCGUAUCGCCGGUGCUCGUGAGCGAAUUUUCAUAUUUCGGCGUUGCUUUCUUCGUCGUUCACCAUUAAGAUCCGUCCAGAGAGGACACCUGUCUUAAGGACGUACGGGUUCGCGAAAUGGACUUCCAAAAAUGAUAAUCGAUAACGCUCAAAUUCUAAGCCCUGCGUGCGACAAUUGUUAAGGAGGCUCAGGACUCGGGGCGAUUCGCCGGGGAUUCUCUGAAGCAGUAUUACCGACGCCUUUUUCUUUUCUUUUUUCUUCUUCGAAAAUGGCACUGCCGAAAUUUCGGGAGGAGUCCUUGGAGUCGACUCGGCUAUCGUUCAGGCUCUUCUUCAAGGUGGAACGCGCGGGCCCAGCGAGGCGGCUUCGAUUUUGGUCGACGAAAUCCCGGCGGAAUUCCCUCGCGAGUUUCUCUCCCUCUUUUCUGUUUCUUCUUCUUCUAUGUAAGUCCUUCGUCGUGCGAGAAUCCUCCGCUGGAUCGACGUGGCCGGAAGUGACGAUUUUCGGCGCUCAUGAAUUUCUUGCGUAGCGGCGAUCGGCGUAAUUCGGGUUAAUUUUAGGGAUGCGCCGGUGGGUGUCGAUGUACAGGAUAUGCCCGGCCGAGGGGACGUCUUCCUCGAGAACAAGGAUCGAUAAGGGGCAAGAGACGCGUUAUCGGCGACGAACGGACGUAGGAUUGUAGUUAUUACGUGUAAAUCUCGGGGGGGCGUUACGACGAUACAGUGAUAUAAUAUAUUUGCGUGUAAAUAAACGAAGUUGAGGCACGA